CACGUAUUUCAAAAAGUAUAAUUGAAAAAUGUCGAUUUAAUUGUGGUAUAAAAAUACGACUUUUACACAAUGUUACGCCUCUUUGCAAUGUGCACCCUUGGUGUAGGCACAGUGACAUACCCUUGCUAUGCCACUGUACGCUCGUGAUUUAUGCUCGCUGUUAUCGAUAUUGUUGUACCCGUUCUAUGAUUGUGCAGCGGCGUGGCGGAAGCUUCAGCUGCAUUGAAUGUGCGAGAUAGUGUUCGGUGGCGAGUAAUUACGCACUUGGCGUUUUAAUUAAGCCGUAGCAAUAAGUGUCACUGUAGGUUAUUGUUUUCAAGCGCAAGACAAUUACAGAAAAUCGGUUCGUAGUAAUGGCGGCUGAGUGUCGGAUAUCCUUUGACAAACAAAUGGUAAUUUCGGUGCGAGUUUGAAUUUGUCGGCUGUUACAUGGGUAAUACAUACUAAAAUAUUAUUGCGUACCGGUAGUUGGCAUCGUUUAUUAAUGUCAAUAUAUGAUUAUGAUACCACGAAUAAACGCUGAACAAAUGCCGCCGUAGUCAGUGGUGGAACUUUGGUGAGGAAGACGAGGUUCAUUUCUGGGCGUAAAAUUAUACGGGGUGUAAUUUUUGUAGUACAUAAUCUAUUAUCGACUAGUCUGAUAUUUUCUUAACUUUGUUACUGGUAAUGUGUUUAAAACUCAUUAAGUAUGAUUGCAUACUAAUUAUUAGAAAAUAAUCGUUGAGAAUGAUAUUUGAUUCUUCGUUUAUGAUAAGGCGUAAUUUUAACAUUUUCCCCUAUCGUAAAAAUUCCUAGUUCCGCCUCUAGCCGUAGACUGCUAUAGUAGUCCGAUAAUAAUUAUAGUAAUAACAAUGUUGAUAAUUAUCAUUCGCCCAUGUAUAUUAUAUGUUUAUGUGCAUAGAUAGUUUUUUUUUCGCAAUUACGCGCAGCUGAUUCCGUGACCACUCGAACUCAAUUGUCCACUCAUUGGAUCCGAAUUAUUUUACUUCAUUUGACCGCAAGGCAUUAAAAUUUGUAACCAUCGUAUUCUUUCGUGUUAUGUCGUUUAACUCUCAUGUUUUCUGAUCCUAUUAAAAAAAUUAAUAAUAAUAUAAUAUUGAAUUAAAGUAUAUUAUUGCGUUCUCUUCGUUUUUUCGUUCAUAAACGCGGUUUGUUUUUGGAAGUAGCCGUGUACUGUAUUGGUUUGCCGUCAAUUUAAUUUUUCAUUUUGGCACAAAAGACUCGUGACCUCGCGUGACUAUCUCAUUUGUUCCGUCUAAAGAACGUGCAGGGCAUACAAGAAUAUCAUUGCACACGAAGAGCAGAUCGAAAUAUUAUAGCCUCAUCAUAAUUGCGUAAAGUCAAUAACUAUUUUUACGGGUUCGCAAUUGAUCCUUAUUUCUUGAGACAGGUUGUGGUUGUCAAAUCCAAUAACGCACACAGGAUUUUUUUCGGGGGAAGGUGUGCUAUUAAUAAUUUAUUAUAGAGAAUAAUUUUGUAUAACUCUAUGCAAAAAUAUGGUAAAGCCUUAAUGAUGGAUUAUAUUUGGGGGGGGGUUAUGAUCUCUUAUCCCCCCAUCCGUGUGCUACUGGUUGGAUCAGUUGUAGGAUUCGUAAUACAAAGAAGGGUUUUAAAGGUUUCUCUUACCUCUCCCCCCCCGAAAUUCAGGAAAAUUAUUAAAUUUGUUUUUGUAGCGUAAAAGUUGUUUUGAGAUUAUAUAAGUAUGAAAAUAUAAAAUCUAAAACCUCGUAUCAAUAAACUUUUUUUCUGUACACACCUGACUCUUACGCACCAUAUUAAAUUCGGCACGCUUUUUGUUAACACUAUAUGCGAAUGCAACAUUACGGAGUCGAAAAUUGAGAUUUCACGCGUUUCGUAUUAUUAGACCUUUGGGGAAGAAGUCGUAAAAAAUAAAACAAAAACGCGUCGUUCAAUCGAUCACGCGCUAUUCGUGUUGUAUAGUAUUCCUAUGUGUAAUCGUAGAGAUAAACGAAUACAAUUUGGGAUACGACGCCAAAUAAAUUUACGUAAUGCGGCAGAGGCGUCGGAAGAGGGCGUGCACCGGAUCCUUCGUAUCGCAUUAUACAACGACUUCGGUAAAUCAGCGAUGUUCAUGAUGAAUUGAUGACUGCUAAACGAUUGAUUAUUGUGCAAGUUGAAUGUUUGAAACGGAAAAAUGACUGUUAAAAUUAACAUUUUAGUUAUGGAGGGGGGGUGAUCACGUCGGAAAUACGAAGCGGAUAUGAGACGGACGGCGGCGACAAGACUUUUGUGAGCGUGUGACAACUGUUCGCGGAAUACGCCGGCUGUGAUGUCAAUCGUUUGGUACGCGAUUCAUUUCAGAGAUACACGUGAAACGUAUAUUAUUUUCCUGUUAGCUGUUUCCGAACCGUCGAGCCCGUGUAUGCCCGAAGUCGAACGAGUCUUUGCGAACCGUGUCACGGUCUAUGUGUACGGGGACGAUGUACGACGAAGAUAUUGAGAAGAGACCCGAAAAAAAAUAGUCACAUAUUAUAAUAUCCUCAGUGUAUAUCGACCGAGUCCACACGUUAUUGUUUCAUCAGCUCAAAGAAAAACAUUCUCAGAUUCGUUUAAGUGCACUCCGAAUUUGUAACGGUCUUUUUAAGAAAUUUGAGCAGUUCAGAAAGUUGACAAUCAUCAAUUUAUCGAUUCUGCUUAAGCUCACGGUGAACAUGGAUGCGGGGCGUACCUUGCCCCCGCCAAAAAAGUUCGCUGCAGAACUGGAAGUUUUCGCGAUCAAAUGUCUGAAAGAGUGGAAAGACGAGUUUGGCAAAGACUUUACAGCGGAGUUCGAGUUCGUGUUCAAGUAUUUGAACAAGUAUAAAAAGAUUGAUUUCGAGUCGAUGACGGUGCGGUCCGUGGCCGAAGCUAGGCUUCUGGAGGAAAGAGAACAGCGACAACGGAUUUUGAACGAGGAGAAAUUGAAAAAAAUCGAGUCCCACUUAAAUGAGCUCGAACCGGAAUUAUUGACAGCGGCUCAAACCUUGGAAACUUGUCUGGAAUUGCUGAUUCCCACUCCCGAAGAGUUUUUCAUACCUGAGGCGGAGCAGCAAUCUACAGCGCCAUUGGGUCUCGCGAAACCAUCGUUGUUCAAGUCACCAGUGGACGAUUUAGAGAAUAAAAACGCUAGUUAUCGUGAAACUGGUGCAAUCAAUCCUGCUGCGGUCGUAUCUGUUACGCUAAAACCGGACUUCAGGAAGAGGGUGAAGAAAACUGAAGAUAACUCGGCGAUAAUCGAAAGCAUUGAGGAACAGGUGAAACUUAUAUCUGGAAAAUAUUUGCCGAAACUCAAGCAAUGGUUGCAAGACAUUGCGAAAAUGCCGAAUGAAAAUCUGUUAAAACGGACGAUCGAGCUCAAACAGCGUCUGACCGACUUGAUGAUCCGCGAGAACAAGAUCACGUAUUACGAAGAUGACGAUGAAUGUUCCAGUGAUUCGGACAUGGAGGUAGUGCCCGCCGUGUCUGCUGACGAUUUGCUGUUGGCCCAGUGUUCGCGAGCCGAAUCGACGAUUGACGAUACCGCACACGCGAGCAAUGCUGAGCCGGGAAAAGCUGAGGACAGAGAAAAAAAUAGCGGUUGCUACAAUGACCGUGCAAUCCAAGUGCCAAAGUUGCCAUUCGAUGUCGAUCUCUACCAUUGGGAAGACGAGGAACUUACGGCGCCUCGUAUUUUACCUACAAAUCAAGAUGGUCAUAGUUUUUGGACUUCCAAUUCUGUAUUGGAUACCGAUUGUGAUGGGAUCGUUCAACCUGGAGGCUCAGCAAACCUACGUACACGAGUUAUAGAAUUUACUGGAAAAUUUGAAAGAGUCCAAAGACAGUGUAGAGCUCCAUUGCCAAGUGGAAAAUUAUGCCCAAGAGAAGACCGUUUUAAGUGUCCAUUUCAUGGACGUAUUGUAUCGAGAGAUGAACUUGGUCGAAUUAUCAAUCCUGAAAAUGAAAUUUUAUCGGAAAAGGUUAUAAAACCAAGUAAACCCGAUUGGCAAGAUCCGCAGUUGCUCAGAGACAUACAGCGUGAAACAGGAGUUGACCUUACAAUGCCAGUAAAAGGUAGUAGAAAGAAAAAGAAAAAGGAUUUAAAUUUGACAAAUUUAAAAAAAGAACUGGAUACUCCUCGAGCUCGAUUGGAAAAAAAAGUUUUUAAAAAAUCUUCUGUGAAGAAAGUAGCUCAAAUUUUAGAUAGUAUGGAUCAGCGGAAAUUUCGAGACAAAUUUGGCGAUCAAUUCAAUUAUGUUCACGAUACAGCUUGAUUAUUAUUUUUUUUAAUAUAUAAUGUUCGUUAUUGUUUAAAGUUACUAAACUAGCAUAACUAAUCAGUGAUUAAGUAUUAAUUUAUUAUAUUAAAUUUAUAUUUACUAUUUAUAUAUUAUGUAAUCUACUGUUAC